UUAUUAUAAUUAUUUUAUUUUAUUUGCCAGUGGCUAAGCAACAAGCCUGCUCCACUUGGAAUGUCAGUCAGCCUACAAACGUGAACGUGUAACUGUGUUAAAAUCAUAAAUCAUUAGCAACAAAGAAAAUACGCAGCAUUUACAAAUGUUGCAAUUACAAUAACAAACUAAAAACUUACUAUAAACGGGAACAAAAACAACGAGCAGCACACAUAAAAGAUAGAGCAACGUCAUUUAGAGAGUCCCACUGCCAUGCCUAUAUAACUGAUAGUCAUUCUCGUCCAAGAUGCGUGGAAUUGAGGGCAAAGUUGUUGUGCUGGGAUCGCGAGGCGUCGGCAAAACCCGUUUGGUCAUAAAAUAUAUCAAAAACACACUCAAUACCAAUGAAGUGCCCACAAUAGCAGUUUCAUUUUUUACCUGCAACAUCAUUUUGGACGAUGUCAAAAUCAAAUUACAAAUUUGGGACACUGCUGGGCAGGAGCGCUAUAAGGCCGUCGCUCCCAUGUAUUAUCGCAAUGCCAAUGCUGCCAUUUUGGUCUUUGACCUUACACAAUACAAAACGUUUACGGAGAUCAAGUCCUGGAUACAGGAGCUGCAUCGCAAUGUGCAGGAUCCCAUGAUACUGACGCUGGUGGGCAACAAAAUGGAUCUGCAGUCCCAGCGUGCCGUAUCACGCGAUGAGGCGUUUCUGUUUGCCAACUCCAUAGGCGCCACCUACUUUGAGACUUCCAGCGAAACGGAUCAGGGACUGGAGCAGGUGUUUCUAUCCACCGCCAAUGGACUGGUGCGACUGGCCAACGAGGGCAAGAGCCAUUCGCUGCGUUCGUUUCAAUCAACCGACUCGUUAGCCUACACGAGCACACCGACUGCCUUCACCACCGCCGCUCUGGCGCGCAACCAAGAGCAUCCCGCCUUUCGUUUGCCCUAUGUGCAUAUCGGCAUACCCGUUGACGGUGAGGAUAUUAAGACCACGGGCGUGGGUCGCCUGGAGACGCCUUCGUGGAGCAUUCAGCAUAUAGCGCUGGGCGAGGUGGAGCGACCCAGCUGGUGCUGCUACUAACAAUGGACCAGCAGCGUUUAUCUUACAGCAUUUGUGAUGUUAAUUAAAAACAGAUUUUACUUUAGUUAAACGACCAGCACUCGAAUAUAAACUAUAUAGCGUGCACACACACACACACAAAGGCUAAGCAAUUCCAAAAAAUAAUAUAUAUUUAUAGAAAGCAGAGCCAGCCCAACCCGCCAAUAGCAACAGCAACACCCACAACAACAACAACUUGACGCCUAUGCUAAGCUAGUUUGUAAGUUUAACUGUAAGUGUGACCAGCGCAUGCCUAAUGUAAUUAUUAUUUAUAACAAAACAAGCAGCUGCGUUGCUUCAAGCUCACUUGACUUUAAUCAUUCAUCAGUCACACACAUAGACACACACACACACACACUCAUGCACACAAUAAGUAUUUGUUGUUGGGUGUUCACACAAUUCAUGUACAAAUUCGCAUUUACAAAUAUAUACAGACAUCAACAUAAUAUACUACUUAUAGUGAACCGUAGCGUAUAAAAAUAACUUUUGUGUAUCAUUUGAGUGUCGCACGCCCCCAACAGCCAUUAAAUCCACAGCGCCCCUGCAAAUCUGCAUUAACGUGGCCAUUAACAACAACGCUGCAUAGCAACUUGUCGUGUAAUUGGAAUUUAAUGUGCCACAUUGCCAAGGGUUACACAAUUGUGGUUACGGACAGCUAGCAUAUUAUGCUAACAUUCUAAUGCUUUUACAGUUACAGCCACAGCUACGGGAUACGGAUACGGAUACGGCCAAGGCGCCAAGUUUGUUAAGUAAAAUUUGUGUAUUUGUAUUUGUGAGUGGGAGUGAGAGUGGGCAGCUUAGCGUAGGCCAAAGUUGCCUGGAAAUGGCUAAAUAUGUAUUUUUGAAAUGGGAUUAUCUGCUCAGUACAUGCGACUUGAUGUCCAUUGUUUAUUUUAUUCAAAUCUGUUUGAUUUGCGGCUAUUUAUAAAGUUCUAUAGCUUAUUCUUUGCUUUGCAGUUUACAUAAAUCAAACAUAUAUUUUUCAAUAAAAGCAAUAACAAUUCUAACAGCUUAAAAUGG